UGUUUGCGUCCGCUACAAGAAUAUUGUUCAACGGGUACUGUUUCUAUCUAUGACUGCCGUACAGUGCGCAUGCGGAUGUCCAUAAUGAUUACCGGAAGCUCUAGUUGAUGGCUGAUGCAAUGUGUAUAUAAAUUAAAUAUUGUUGUGUUUUAGGUCAUACGGAGAAUAUUACACUGAAAACUAUUUAAGGACAUAAUUCUGUGUUUAGAAUUAUUGUGGAGAAAUGGCGGAUGAAGAAACGAUUUUUGAUCCAUCUUUGAAAAAGAAAAAGAAGAAGAAGAAGACCACUUUUGACAUUGAUGCAGCUUUAGCAGAAGGAAACGCAGGCGACGGUAAUGAAGCGGCGGACCAGCAAGUUACUGAUAAAGAAAAUCAGGAGCCUUUCAAGAUGGAUGACUCCAAAGAUAUAGAUUUUGAUGAUGGCAAUCUAGACUUGGAGAGUUUUGGUAAGAAGAAGAAGAAAAAGAAGAAGUUCAACAUGGACGAGCUGGAAGGGGCACUUCCAGAGCCCAGCAUGGAGGUGGAUGGGCCUCAGGAAGACGGGCAGACCGAGGAUGCAUUUGAUUUGGAUAUGGAUUUCUCAACAAAAACUAAGAAAAAGAAGAAAAAGAAGAAGGAUUUGGAUGAAUUGGUAGCAGAAAAUGAAAAGGAUGCUCAAGAAUUUUCAGAAAAUGUUGAAGGCAGCCAGACGACAUGGUUUGGAGAUGAUCGAGACUACACAUAUGAUGAGCUGCUCACACGCGUGUUCGACAUCAUGCGGGACAAGAACCCGGAUAUGGUUGCCGGGAAAAAACAGAAGUUCGUCAUGAGACCCCCACAGGUCGUGCGGAUUGGCACCAAGAAAACAUCUUUUGCAAAUUUCACUGAGAUUUGUAAAACGUUGCAUCGACAGCCGAAGCAUCUUCUGGACUUCUUACUCGCCGAGCUGGGUACGAGCGGAUCGGUGGACGGCAACAACCAGCUGAUCAUCAAGGGCCGCUUCCAGCAGAAGCAGAUAGAGAACGUUCUGCGGCGAUACAUCAAGGAAUACGUGACGUGCCACACCUGCCGCUCCCCCGACACCAUCCUGCAGAAGGACACGAGACUGUUCUUCCUGCAGUGUGAGACGUGUGGGUCGCGGUGUUCCGUGGCCAGCAUCAAGUCUGGGUUCCAGGCUGUCACUGGGAAACGUGCUGCAAUCAGAGCAAAGACAGCUUAGUGCAAAUUUUUUUACUGUGUACAUUGUUUCAGGAACUAUUAUAUCCAUCAAGUGCAACAUUUUUGGUUAUUUUUUACAUUGUACAUAACAUUCAGCAUUAUAUAAUUGGUUUUGUUAGUAUAUAAAUUUUUGACUUUAAGUUUCUCUAAUAUUGUUACAGUUUAAUCAUUGUACAGUGUAGGUAGCCAAUAUGAUGCAAUAUUGUGUAUAAAAUAUUCAUACAACAUAAAGUAAGUUCCGAAGUCUCAUCAAAUCUAAAUUGUAGGAAAGCUAUUGCCUGUUCUGCUGCUAAGUGUAAAUAUUGGCAUGAAUAGUCACAGACAUCAGAUUAUUUAUUCAACUAUUUUCACUUAAGGUUUAUUAUUAUUUUUUUAUUUUUUUUAUUUGAAUCUGUAGUACUUACUUUAUCAACAAAUUUGGAAUCACUGAAAGCCAUUUCUAAAAUAUGCAUUGUAUGUGCAAUGUUUGUAUGUGUUCACGUAUUGGUAUUAUGCCUGUUUUUAUUUUAAGGAGAAGGCCAUGUUUAGUCACCUAAGUAUCUUGCAAACAACUCAGACUUGUAAUAUGUUCUUAAAAUAAAUUAUAAAACAGA